AUGUCUCCAAAACUUUCGGAAUACAUAAAACUAUUUUGUAAACCAAAGUCUUCAAAAGUUAAAGACGAAUACAGUGAUAUCCCGAUAAGAAAAAAUGAAGAUGAGUUGGAAUGGGAGAAAUGUGGAAAGCUUAUUAUGGAGCAACCCUUACUCAAGAAAGACACUCAUUCAUUCUACGUGGUCAACUUUUUGAAUGGGAGCAGUUUCCAAGAAGAAGUCUGGUCUUUUGAUACGAUCUUUGAUUUGAAGAUGAAAAUUUCGAGAAGCCAAAAUUUGCCAUUUUAUUUGAUUAUUGCUUCGCAAGAAGAAAGACUUCUCGACGACCAUCACACUCUGGAGCACCACGGAAUAGGAAGAGACUCAACAAUCGACGUUUACACUCGCCCAAUAAUUCAAAAAUGA